CGCUCACUAUUUGGCACAGUUUCUCUGUGAGCGCUGGUGUAGCUCUACGUUAGUGAGAAAGUAAGGAGAGAGAGGGAGAGAGAGCAAGAAAGCAGUGUGUGUGUGAGUGGAAAGGGACAGGAUAACCUAUUAUUAUCAUUCUCGCUGCGUUGUUCCACCUCCAGUGCUGGCGGCGGCUCGAACGCUAAAAUGGAGGCGGAAAGAUCCGGCGGAGUAGCGGGUGGAACGAACCAGAACUCCGCGGGCAGCGGCGUGGGGCGCAAUCCGAACGGGCCGAAAGCCGUGCUCGGACCAGCAGCAGCGGCCGGGGCGAUGGCAGGAGCCUUGCCGUCUCGGGAAGCGCAGGACGGAGAAGCAGGCCUAUCACUUCCUGGGAUCUUGCAUUUCAUUCAGUACGAAUGGGGACGUUUCCAGGCCGAAAAAUGUCGCUGGGAAGCCGAGAGGGACGAACUCCGGGCACAGGUGGCCUUUCUGCAGGGCGAGAGGAAGGGGCAGGAGAACAUGAAGCAGGAUCUGGUGAGGAGGAUCAAGAUGCUGGAGUACGCCCUCAAACAAGAGAGGACCAAGCACCAGAAGCUGAAGACUGGCAGUGACCAGUGCCCAGGGGAGAAGAAACCAGAGACAGAGGCAGAGCCAGUACCCAAUGGGCCGGCAGAGUCAGACUCGGAGCCAGCCAAUCAGAUGUCGUGGAAGGAGGGACGUCAGCUAUUGCGCAAGUACCUGGAGGAGGUGGGCUACUCAGACACCAUCUUGGACAUGCGCUCCAAGCGCGUGCGCUCGCUGCUGGGCCGCAGCAGUCCCGAGGCCAACGGGCCGCCCCUGUCCGAACCCUCCCCAGAACCCGAAACACACGCAGCCUCCGAGUCCCUGCUGGUCAGGCAGAUCGAGGAGCAGAUCAAGAGGAACGCUGGUAAGGAGAGCUCGAAGGAGAGGGUGGGGGGCUCUGUGCUGGAUAAGAUCCCCUUCCUGCACGGCUGUGAGGAUGAUGAUGAGGACGACAGCGACGAGGAAGAUGACUUUCAGGGCAUGGCCACCGACUGCAUCGAUGGGCCCCGCAAGAACAAGAAGACCCGGAAGAUGGGUGCGGAGCCCCUGACCCCAGACCUGGACCCUGAGGAUGAGGAUGAUGAAGAUGACUCAGAGGAUGCGCUGAAGAAUCGCAGGAACAAGAUGCAGGGUAUGAUGUCGGAUUUUCCCUCCAAGCCCUCCCCACCCCCCUCUAUCCCUGGCCAGCCUCGACCUGAAGGGGGUGCUCUGGGCUUUUCGUCUGACGUCUUCAUCUUGGAUGCUGUUGGCGGGGGAGACAUGAACCUGGGCGAGCUGGCUGACCUCACCGUUGCCAACGACAAUGACCUCACCAUCGACCUGCAGGACAGCCGUGAGGAGUUUAAGAAGACGUGGAACCCUCGCUUCACGCUGCGGAGCCACUUUGACGCCAUCCGCGCGCUCGACUUCCACCCGAGCGAGGCCGUCAUGCUCACCGCCUCAGAAGACGGAACCCUCAAGCUCUGGAAUCUCAACAAGGCCAUGCACUCCAAGAAAAACGCUGCCCUGGACGUGGAGCCCAUCUAUACCUUCAGAGCUCACAGUGGAGCAGUGCUCUCCUUGGCUAUGGGGGAUGAGGGCGAGUCGUGCUACAGUGGAGGUCUUGACGGAUCCGUUCGCUGCUGGAAGAUUCCAGACCUCAACGUGGACCCCUACGACAACUACGACCCUGGUGUGGAGAGCAGUGUGUUGGCGGGCCAUGAGGACUCGGUGUGGGGUCUGGCCUACUCCUCCUCCCUGAAGCGCCUGGCGUCCUGCUCAGCCGACGGCACCGUGCGGAUCUGGGACCCACACAACUCCAGCCCCUGCCUGUCCGUCUUCAACAAGGAGAAAGAGCACGGCACCCCCACAUCGGUGGCCUUCGUGAACUCUGACCCCUCUCAAGUGGUCGUGUCGUUUGGCGGCGGGAACACUCUGCUGUACGACCUCAACACGGAGCAGAGCAUCAUGUCCCUGGAGACGCAGACCAAGGACGGCAGCGAGCUGAUCAACCGUGUGGUCAGCCACCCUUCUCAGCCCAUUUCCAUCACGGCACACGAGAAUCGCACCAUCCGCUUCCUGGACAACAACACCGGUAAAGUGGUCCACUCAAUGGUCGCCCAUCUGGACGCUGUGACCUGCCUGACCACUGACCCCAAAGGCACUUAUCUGGUCUCCGGAAGCCAUGACUGCUCGGUGCGCCUGUGGAUGCUGGAGAGCCGCACGUGCGUGCAGGAGAUCACGGCUCACCGUAAGAAGCACGACGAGGCCAUCCACGACGUGGCCUUCCACCCCUCGCAGCCACUCAUCGCCAGCGCCGGCGCCGACGCCCUCGCCAAGAUCUUUAUCUGAACACACACACACGCAUGCGUGCCACGCAGCGUCGGACACACAGGGGAGGCAUCCUUACCAAUGGACCAGAUGAGUGGACCACAAGGCUGAAGCAGUCAAACAUAGAACAUACACACAUCACACACACACACACACACACACACACACACAGAGUGGUUUGGGUGGAUGUAGGAGAGGACAUCAUAUCCUACUUCCCAGUGAAUACGUUAUUUUUGCAGGCCUAAGUUUCCCAUGAUCCUUUUGUUUUGUUUUGUUUUCCCACAAUGCAGUGCACUGUGGUUGUGACAUACAAUAUUGCUUGUCAUUGGUUCUCAAACUAACAACUCUAGCUACUUCUCAAUGUUUUAGAUGCUUUUGAACCACACACUACCUGACGUUUUUUUAUAUGCUUACUUCAUAUCUGGUUGCUGUUCACCUUGCGCAAACACACACGCACAAACACACACAUUCAAGGCUCAGGCUGUUGGCUUGGGCCUUUGCAAAUACUCUUUCUUUUUCUAUUUUCUCUUUUUCUAGUUCCUCUCUUUUCAUAAGGAACAUUAUACAGUCCAGUUUUACAGCAGCAUGCUGUGGACGCAUCCUCACUGCUUUGGUUUUCUCUGACCUUGUCAGUUGGCGUGUGUGUGUGCGUGCGUGCGUGCGUGCGUGCGCGUGUGUGUGUGUGUGGUCAAUGCAUGCCCAUUCCAAAGACAUCACAAGGGGAAGACUCUUGUCAGCUGCUCCUUCAUAGACUCUGCUGCACACAAUUGAGCUUUAAUUUCAGCCUCACAUCCCUACACCUAGCCUUAGUGUGUGUGUGUGUGUGUGUGUGUGUGUGUGUGUGUGUGUGUUUGUAAAGAAAUGUCUGUAUGUGAGUCUAUGUUACUCAUCCUCUCACUCACUCAGUAUUGCAUUGCUGGUGCUGAUGUUUUCAACAUCUGAUGUGUGUGUUAGGUCUAUGCAUAUAGCCCCAUUUUCUACGUCUCUGUAUGUAUAUAAGUACUAACAUUUACAACUGCACAAGAGUGUCAGUGUAUUUUUAACCUUUGCAAAGCAAAACAAUCUCUCAAAUAACGGUUAUGACUAAAGUCCAUUUCAGCCUCAUCAUUAAAAGCCAUGAUCAAUGGCCUCUGUAGACAUACACACACUCACUCACACACACACACACACCGGUCUAUAAGCCUCUGUCUCAACAUCAGAGGUGUGUAACCAUACGCUGUGAGAAGGGAGAGGGCGGUGUUACCCGGUCCCCAUCAUUCCACCAAUAA